AUGUCUCCGAAAGGGCCAUACAAGCUGGUCACAGUCAACACAGCUCCCGAGCGAGCAAAGAGACUGGUUGGUCGUGUUGUUGAAGAUCUCAAGGAUCAAUACACCAUUCAACACGUCGCCAACUGUGAAACCAUUGACGCUGUCGAAGCAACGGUGAAAGAGAUCAAACCCGACAUUCUGUUCUGCGCCUCGAUGUGGACGCCCGAGGAAAGCGGGCGCAUUCUCCAGAUAGCCAAGGACAACGUCCCGGGAAUCAAGACGCAUGCUAUCCCUCAAGGCUUGCAGGUCGAAAAGGGCCCUGACGCAGUCGUCGCACAUCUCAAGGAGAAGAUCCCCCUCAUUCUGGAGUGA